UUCAACUUCACAUUUAGUUAUAGCAAUGGCCUCCAACUUUGACAGUUCAAUUCAUGGAGGAUCAGAUUUGUUCUUUGACUUUUCUUGCUUCUAUUGUCAGGAAAAUGACAGAAACACAGAGGCUGAAUUUUAUUGUGAGAAAUGUUCCCAGUUUUAUUGUCAGAAAUGUGUUGAGCUCCAUAACACACUUUUCAAGAAGCAUGGAAUUUUUGGCAAGGAAAACAUCAGCCAGUGGCCGAAUACCAAUGUGGAUGCUCAAGAGCAAUGUCAGGAGCACAAGAAAGAACUGACAGGAUUCUGUGAAGACCACAGUGAGCUGAUUUGUCAUGUCUGCCAUAUCAACAAUCAUCAACACACAAUCUGUUCAGGGUCUGGAACCAGCGAUGAUGCAAGAGUAUGUUGUGCAGCAAAGUACACAUUAGUCAUAGCCGACACUACAGCCCCUUCACUUUUGGAUAUUGCUGCAGCCUGCGCAUUUGCCAUUGAUGUUUUCAGACUUUAAGUUUGUGAGGCCUCUUUGUGAUCUGAAAUAAACAAAAUUAAAUAUGCUAAAUUUCAAAACAAAAAGCGCAUU